GGACGCGCGGCAUACUUACUUGGCGUCGAGGUUAACCGUGAUCAACGAGGCGGUUCCUCCAGGACGAGACUGGCCCAUUGCACUCCGGGCUGGUUGACCCCUGCGAGUAUUCCUAAUGCGAAUACCUCGGACGCGUAAUUUUUGGUAGCGGGGAUCGCGUUCGCGCGUCCCACCUAACGGAUUAAACAUAUAGGCUAAUGGCAAUCAAUCUUGAAUCGCCGUUAGAUUGUUCGUUUAAACCUACUCUAAGCAUACGGCAAAAGUUGUUUCGGUAUAAUUCCAGAAAUAUCUCCAAACACGAUAAUUGUGUUAAAAUUAUUUUAACAUUAUGUGGCGGCGGCAGUGGAAUCAGUUAUCAUAAGGAUAGAGCAAUGGUAAUGUCAUAUCCAAAGUAUUGGAAUAUAUGUAAAAGCGGCUCAGUUAAUGUAAAUUUAUCAGACUUGAAUAUUAGGAGGGAUCACCCCCAGAUGCGAAUACCGCCGAACUCAACAAAACAAAGAUGAAAAAUGGGACCAUAAUAAAUGCUUUUUCAUAAAAGUAAUUUGUACUAAUUAACUAUUUUUUGAUAUUAUUUAUAUGCAAUACAUUAGUAUUCUAAAAUUA